AUGGUUGUUACCAACCAUCAAUGGCACGAGUGGGAGUCUCCGGUUUCACAGAAUAAUUACGUACGGUCCUAUCCUCUGGCUAUCAAUGAUGGCCAGCGAAAUGUUCAAUCACAAUAUUACAACUGUCCCAUCGGCAACGAUGAUAACUCUUCGGCGCUCGGGUGGGACAAUCUCGACGUCUCUGAUGACUGCAUCGGCGACGCCUGCCGCGAUGAAGAUACAUAUCAGAUUCUGAAGGAUGCCACGCACCAUAUGGGCGAGACUGCUCCUCCUCUUUCAGUUGGGGAGGUGGCGCCUCCGAGGGAGGAUCCGUCCGACUUGGUGGGCAAUGUGCCUCUGAAUUUCCCAGAGAGCUUCUUUGCCAACCCAUUCGCGGUUUCUUUCCCGGGGGAUAUCCCGUGCCCAGGAGCACCCAGCAGCCAAUUUAUGCCUGGAUGCACCUCAAUCUCAAUCCCUAGUCCUUGUGAUCUCAGCACCAAAUCCUCUCCUAUGACACCGGAUAUCGGUUUCUGCGGGGCUCCGGAUGCAAACAACUCGAUCAGAACACCAAAGUCGAUGGCUUGCACUCCAUCUAGUGCACCUGACGCUCGUCUGUCUUCAAAAGGCGUGGCGAGUGCGACGACGAAAUACGGACCACAAAUCCAUUUCGUUGACAUGGCCGACAAGAAAGGGGCUCAGCGGAUACGUAACACGAUCAAUUCUCGAAAACAUCGCCAAAACAAGCUUGACAAGAUACGAGAGCUGGAGAAGAAGUUGGCAACAAUUGAAGCGGAGAAGAAAAGGUGGCAAGGACGAGCAACGGAGAUGGGAUGGAAGCCAUCUCAGUAG